CCCGGCGCGCGGUGAUGACGUCAGGAGGCGGCGCCGCGCCGCGGCCGGAGUGGGCCGAGGUUGGAUGAAGAGUCUCAACUUCUUCCACAUGUCCCUUUAAAACAUUUCUUAUUUCUCCACUUGCUUCUCCCCAUGGAAGACAGGCUGGGCUUCCUUUUCUGCUGUUCAUGCUGAGCAGUUGCUUGGAGAGGUGGUGCUUGAGUGGAAAUACACCUGGUGAUGAUUCAAAUGUGGGAAUCACCCCAGAUGUGGUUGCUGCUGGUGCUCCCCUGGGAACAUGCCUUGAUAGGGAAUUAACACCAGUCAGUGAUGGGCUGUGGGACAAGCAAAGUGCUUCCCGAGCCCCCCAAAGAUGUGCAGCUAGACCUGGUUAAAAAAGUGGAACCUUACACCGGCCACAGUGACAUAUACAAGCACUUCAUCAAGGAUGACUGCGGGGCUGUCAUCAAAGCCGGCUCUCCCUCCCCUCCCCAUCACACCAACCCCUAUCCCGGGAACCCCCUGCCCGCCCAGCAGCCCGAGCCCCGCAAGAACAAAGUGGCCAAAUACCGCGCCAAGUUCGACCCGCGAGUGACGGCCAAGUACGACAUCAAGGCGCUGAUCGGGAGGGGCAGCUUCAGCCGCGUGGUACGGGUGGAGCACAAGGCCACCAAGCAGCCCUACGCCAUCAAGAUGAUCGAGACCAAGUACCGGGAGGGGCGCGAGGUGUGCGAGUCGGAGCUGAGCGUCCUGCGCCGUGUGCGCCACACCAACAUCAUCCAGCUGAUCGAGGUGUUCGAGACGCAGGACCGCGUCUACAUGGUCAUGGAGCUGGCCACCGGCGGAGAGCUCUUCGACCGCAUCAUCGCCAAGGGCUCCUUCACCGAGAGGGACGCCACGCGCGUGCUGCAGAUGGUGCUGGACGGGGUGAGGUACCUGCACACGCUGGGCAUCACCCACCGCGACUUGAAGCCGGAGAACCUGCUGUACUACCACCCCGGAACGGACUCCAAGAUCAUGAUCACGGACUUCGGGCUGGCGAGCGCGCGGAAGAAGGGGGACGACUGCCUGAUGAAAACCACGUGUGGCACCCCGGAGUACAUCGCUCCCGAGAUCCUGGUCAGGAAGCCCUACACCAACUCCGUGGACAUGUGGGCGCUGGGGGUGAUCUCGUACAUUCUCCUCAGCGGCACGAUGCCCUUUGAGGACGACAACCGCACCCGCCUGUACCGGCAGAUCCUGAAGGGAAAGUACAGUUACUCAGGCGAGCCCUGGCCCAGCGUGUCCAACCUGGCCAAGGAUUUCAUCGACCGCCUGCUGACGGUGGACCCCAGCGACAGGAUGACGGCCCUUCAGGCCCUGAAGCACCCGUGGGUGGUCAGCAUGGCAGCCUCCUCCUCCAUGAAGAACCUGCACCGUUCCAUCUCACAGAACCUUCUCAAGAGGGCGUCCUCCCGCUGCCAGAGCACCAAGUCGGCGCAGUCCACCCGCUCCAGCCGCUCCACCAAAUCCAACAAGUCGCGGCGCGUGCGGGAGCGGGAGCUGCGCGAGCUCAACCUGCGCUACCAGCAGCAGUACACGGGCUGAGCGCCCGCCGGGCGCCCUGCCGCGGGUCUGCUGUGCGCUGCGGGUGUGCACACACCCGGUGAGGAACGGCCGGGUUCCUCCCUCCCUCCCUGCAGGCGUGCCCCCCUCGCACGAGGAGGCGUCCCCCUCACCCCGUGCGGAGGAAAGGGAACCUUGUGGUGGCCGUCCCAGCCUGCGAGCCGUGCCACGGGGUCUCGUGCCAGAAACGGGGGAGUCCUUGUGGGCUCGGAGCCUCAAGGAAUUAAGGAGCCACGUGGGGAGAAGAGCUCUUUCUGUAGCCCAGGAGCUUGGUUGUUCAUAGUUAUUUAUUAAUUCCAGAGCGUUUAGUUUCUCUCACUUGUGUAUGGGAAAAAGAAGAAGUCGCUUGGUGUGUCUGUGCGCGCACAUCCGUGUGUGCACGUACACGUGUGGGGGUGUAUAUGUAUUUAAAAGUUAUGUAUACACAGAUCUUGAGCUGCUUUAGUCAGACUCCGUGGUGCCUUUGCAGCGAAGCUGGAAUGAGUCAUGUGCAGUCAGAAGUGGGAUAGCUCUGACUCACUGGUGUGCUGCCCACCAGCUCCUCGCCAAAGAGAUGCCAGACAGCAGUUUUCCACCAGGGCUGGGAAGCUGUGAGGUUUCCCCCAAGGGCUGCCAUCCUCCUGAUGACGUCAAGGGCUCACUUGCCUGAUGACAUCAAGGGUUUACCCCUGGAAUCGUCCUUUCCCUGUUUGCAGCAAGACCAGUGCCUGUCAUGCAGGGUUUGUUGUUCUUGCGGCUCUGUUGUGUCUCUGACGUGUUACACACCUUGCACCCUUCAGAAGAAGAUUGAGAAGGUUGAGGGUUUUUUGUGCUAAGGGGAAAAAAGAGGGGGGGGUAAGUUUUAGGGAUAUGCUUCCCACCAGAGAUGUGGGAUGGGCUAUAACCACUGUAAGCACAGUGUUACUGACCAUGUCACUGCACCAGAACUUUGGUGGUUCCAGGCUGCUCCCUGCCUGCGGAUUUGACAGGCCUCCCCUGCUUUGUGUGCCUGUGCAGCCCCAGCACUGCCCUCCCUGCUUUGGGACAGUGGUGGUGGGAGCUGUUGGAGUGGCCACAAAUGGCUCCAAAGCAUCAGGGUAGGGACUUGGAUUGUGGAAGCCCAGUCUGGGAGUGUCAGCAGUGACAGUAACCUGGAGACUUUGUACAACUGCCCUAGAGCUGUGAGGGGUGACUUAAGUUCACCAGGAAAAAGCUGCCUUUGAGGAGUCUUUGUGCUGCGUAGGUGAUGAGGUGGCCUCUUACGAAGGACUCUCAGGGGAGAUGGGGGCUGCAGAGCUGAGCUUUCUGCAAGCCUGCUGAGAUUCUCUUCCCAGCUAGUUAGAGCAGCAAAGUGGGGCUGAUGGCACAGGCACAGGAUGGAUUUGGCUUCUCAUGGUAGCAGAGACAAGAUCAGCAGUGAAGAAAGAUGCUGGGGUUUGAAACUUUUCUCACAAAGCCACACAAUUUGCUUUGUGCUGUGCACUUGGGAAGGGCUUGCUUGGCUCUGGGCUAGAGGUGCAGGCAGUCCAAGCUCAAGGGUCUGGUGAGCUUGGCUUUUUCCUAGGAUUGAUGCCUGUGCCACUGUGUUUCAGUGUCAGCAGGGCUGAAGUGGUCAGUGACAUCUCCGGGGAGCUCUCACAGUCACUCCUAGUCAGCAAACAGCAAAGCAGCUUUAAUGGGAGAAGAUUGGAGUUUUCUGUGCUAGGGUAAAAAAAGUUAAAGGGGGAUUUCUGAGGGUGUGCUUCCCACCCCAAAGGUGGGAUGGGCUGUAAAUAAGUGUAACUAGCCUGGUAUGCCCAAGCAUGUGGUGGGGAAUAGAGCAGAAACUUGAGAACAGCCACUGUGUGUAGCAGGAGUGAGUUCAAAGUCGUUUGUGUUAUUUUGAAAACCUCACAUCCUUUGCAGGCUGCCCUUGCUCUGAGCAACCCAUCCGACCAUGUCACACACAGUCUUUAUUCCAUCAGCAUUAACAGAUACUGUAGAAUUCCCCAUAUUUGUUUUUUCCAACUCUGUGGACUGCAAACAAAAAUGUUUUCAGCAUUUUUUACCCCCUCACAUUGUUUUUCCCUAGUUUGUUACCAGGAACUAUAAACUAGAUGUGAUUUCUGACAAAGCAGGCAGCUUGCCACAUUUUGCUUCAUAAACAGUUCAGUGUCCCUCCUGGUACUGCAAACAGCUCUCCAAAAGCAGGAGCCCCUCUUAGGCCAGUAUCAGCUGGACCAUGGGGGCCCUGCAGGUCAGGUGGUGGCAGGAGGCUCCCUUGGAGCACUUCUGGUUCUGAGCCAUUACUUGAAGGGGCUUUGGUGUGUUUGGAGCAUCACUCCAGGCACUGUGAUUGCUUUUACCUCCUGGCUGCUCCCAUGGCCCUCUCCAGAUUAUCCUGCAUUUUUAUCCAUAAAACAGGGAUUUUGCCUGUCUGAGGGGGUCAAACUGAUGAACUGAGCCAAGACCUCUAGAACUGAGACCCUUCCCCUUAACCACUAGACCAUGAAAAUGCACAGGCAUCACGCAGAUACCUGCCCAUGCUGUUCCUUUAUCCUUCCCUUAUGGGAUGAGGAAUGCAUAAAGCUCUGGGCUAACCAGGCUUGUUUCUCCACCUUCACAAAGCAGAGCAAGAAUCUUCUCAUCUGUGACAAUUUCUGUGUCAUUGAUCUUUUCCACAGCUGUUUUUUCACCAGGGGAAGUUCGGAGUGAUCGUUUGUGGUUACUUUGGGCUGGAAUACGUUUUGAGAAGCAGGAGGUUGCUGUGCAGGUUCCUGACAGUGCCAGGAUUUGGUGGUGAUGCUCUGUGACUAGGGGUGAAGUGUCAGGAGGGAGAAUCCAUCACAGAGCUGAGAAUACUGGGUAGCUGCAGCUGCCUCUCUGUGGUGUCGAGGUGUGUGCAGUCCUUGGGCACUCCACGCUUGGGAAUUGUGGGAAGGGGACCAAGGUCACCCAUAACGAGCUUUGGCUUUUCUAAAAAAAAGAACUCAAAUUCUUCUCACAAAUGCAACAUUUUCUUGUCUGCAUGGAAAAAUCAGUGUAAACUUGGGAAAAUCUUUACAGGCUUUCCUUCCCUCGUUCUGUUUUAACACUCUUGGCUCACUCCUUCUUCUUUUUCUAAAUCCAAUAUUCAUAGGAACUCUGCAGCCAGACAAUAACAUGUGACCAGAGGGGAGAUGAGCAGAGAGCUCUGUCCAAGUGACCCUGGAGUCCACAGUGAUCUUUCACUCAGUCUGGAAAACUGUGAUGAUCCAAAUGCCACGUUGGAAGGUCUGGCUAAAGGACAAUUCCUCAGGUGCUUUUAUUCUUGCAAGUGGGACAUGUUUUCAGUUGGGUCUGGUGUGGAGGGGGACAGGCAAAGUGCUGUAAUUCUGAGCCAUAGUCCAGGUGCCUUCAAUCUGUCCUCUAAGAAGCUCUUCACUGUGAAUUACCUUGAUCAUCUGUCUUCAUUCCACAGGAGCAGCUCAGUGCUCAGUUGGUCUUAAGUCUCAGGAGUUUACACUUUUCAGAAGUGCCUUUUUUGGGGAUUUUAGAAACUAAAAUCUCUCUGAAAUGUUUUUUUUUUCUACUUUUUCAUUUAAUUUUUUUUAUGUCCUUCUUUGACUCUCAAUAGUGGUUCUUAAUUUGGCUCGCAGGGUGUUUUUGGGAAACUUCCCUCUGGUCCUCAAUGUGCAGGGAGGACAGAAGUAACACCUGCCUGUUCCAGACCACCACAAAUCUGAGUGCUUCUGUUUUGGCCUGCUCUGGCUCACGCAGGGGAAGUGGAGUUGGAAUGACACCUAGUGGCAAAUUGUGGUGUGUCCUUGUCCAAGCACAGCCCUCUCCUUGCCACUCUUUGAGGAGUAAAGGGAUUUAGGGUGGUUUGUCUUUUGGAACUUAGCAGUACUGUGUAAAACAAUCCCAUCUUUUUGUCCUGGGAGUUUGGCUGCUCUCUCAGGGGAGAGAAUUACAGCUUCAAAGAAUGUGGCCUUUUGGUUCCUUGAUUUUUAUUAUUUUUGUUGAGGGUUAUUGGAAAAGAAUGUGAAAAAGUCAUCCAGAAAUUGCUUUAGGGGCUCUAAAGAUUCGCAUCCAGUUUUUGAGUGCGUAGUGUGUUUUCCUAAAGCUGCAGUUACCAGUCCAUGUUUGAUUUACUUCUCACUCAGCCUUCUAAAAAUCCCAACACCUCAACCCAGUGGGGGUAGAAACCGCCCUUCCUUUGGUCCUGAAGAAGUCUGUGCUGUUGAACCCUGCAGCUGGGAUAGCAUCCAGACGCUCCUGCUCUGUGUUGUUCUUGGAAGCACACAGCUGCAGGUGAAGGAAAGCUUGAGAGCCUUGUGAGGAGCUUAAGCCCAGACAAGAGGGCUCAGACUUGCUGGCUUUGGUAGUGAUGUGGAAACCAGCUGCAGUGGAGGGCCUGCUUCUCGUGUUUGUUCUGGAUGUGAUAAACCCUCACGCUCUUCUUUGGAAUCUGGGCAUUUUCCUCUUUUGGGUGAGAUAUUUUCUGUUCUGGUAAUUUACACUUUUUCUGAGGCCCUGCUUCAUUUCUCAGUCCUGUUUUCUACCUGAGUGUUUGGCUGCAGUACUAAAAGAGUCAACUUUUGUCUGAUGCACGAACUGGAAUAGGAAUGAUGGUUCACUUGGCUGCUGGGCAGCAGCUCUGGGUUUGGCUUUGCAGGAGCUGUGGCAAGUCCAGGGGCAAGGUAGAAGCUUCCAUAUGGUGCCUUUGAGGACCUGCAGUGCAGGCUCAGCUCAGUCUUGUACCACAUAGGGCAGCUCCUGUGUGGCUGUUACAGGUUUCUGAUUAGGCUGUGUGGGGCCAUAUUGUUUUAAGUAAUGAUGCUGAGGAUUUGAGGGGUUUGAUGUGGGAUAAAUUAAAAUCUCAAUUGUUUGACUUAAUUUAGUUUUCUAAAUGAUGCAAAGCAACACAGACAUUGGCUUCUUUGUCACCAGUGUGAGCCCUAGAAUUUGCAGGGAGGUUGGGUUGUCCAGGCCUCUCACCCACUCAGCUUUCUCCUGGAAAGUGUCACGAAGUGCCUGUACCACUCAGUGCGUGUACCCAGUCCCAAGUUGCCUUCACCUCUCUUGGGAGGGCUUCGGUGCUUUUUUGACCACUCAGUCUCCUCUCUAUCCCUGGAUUAAGAGUGCAGCACUCCAAGGCAGGUGCCUGCAUGUCAGCUGUGCCUUACUGUGCAGGAAACUUCCCAAAGAAAUAAAUGUGAACACCAGGGAUGUGCGGUGGCAAGCGGCAUCAUGGAGCUCAGUGCCUCCCACCCUCGGUGUGCUGGGGCAGCGGGAGCUCUGCCUGGUGACAAUUGUCCCUCUCCCGCUGUCCCCCCCUGCCUGGUGAUACUGCAGAUGUGUGAUGGGCGAGCCGUGGCUGCUGUUGCAGAGGUUGCUGCGCUGUUUGUUUGCUGCAUGUGGAAUCGGUUCCUGCAGCAGCUCCGUGGCCCAGCGAGGUGUGUUACAAACCAGCAGCUCCUGCGCACGCCCCGAUGCCGGGAGCUUUCCUGUUGCCUUUCCCUACGGGAAGAACCUCCCGGGAAGCCCUUGGGAUCCGAGAUCUUCCGGCACUUGAUGUUAUUUUUGGUUGCCCAGUUUCCGGUGCUGGGUUGGAAUGGUUUGGAAGCAACUCCGGUCUCAUCCAGUCGGUCUGUGUCCCAUCCAGUGUCCCAUUCUGUGCCUUGCCUUUCGAGUCCUGGCUUUACUCUAAGGACUGUCCUGUCAGAUGAGGUGGGACCAUUGUAAUUAGUCUGUAAUGUUCAAGUUAGAGUGUACAGAAUUAUUUAUUUGUUGUACUCGAUCUGCUAAAACAUGUCCAUGUAUUCUGUGUACCCCAUGGCUCUGCUUCCUUUCUUCUGCCCGGUGGAUCACCUGCAGGCUGGCUGCUGGAAGGCAAUUCCAGGCCUGGUUUCCAGGCUGGAAAUGAUGGUCAGUAACUACGUGGAGAGCCAGGAGGUGCUCACCCCUCUGUCACAUUCGUAGAUCACAGCAAGAGGUACCAAAGUGCCCAUCAGAGGGUUUGCUGGUUUCUGUAAUGCAGCUGCCAGACCAGGAGCUGCCCGAGGGAGACCUUGUGCGGGGCUGGGAUGUCCGGGGGGUGCCCUGGAUGAGACAGGCACUCAGCCUGUGGCUGGAAGGUGU